GCACAGAGGCACAGGUCAGAGCGCGCUCCCACACUCGCCGCACGAGAACCGCCGAAGUUCGGACCUGCCACCCACCGACCUCCGGCCAGAGCGCACACACCCCGGGCGGACCCACGGCGCGCACGCAGCGGCCCCGUAGACCCUCUCCACGCGGGCAGCGGCUGUACGAUCCUCGGCAGUGUUUCUGAGACCGUACGGCCCCUCGACCCCCGUGCGUAUUUCUCCCCCCCACCCCCCCACCCCGGGCCGGACGCGCGCUCGGAUGACCCCGCUGUGAAUAACGGUGACCCCCCUCGACGCUUCCACGAACUUUUCUCGUGCUUUAAAACUCUUUUUGGACUUACGUGAGCCCGUGGGGAAUUACUUUAGGAGCCAACAUGACGGCGGACAAGGAGAAGAAAAGGAGCAGCUCGGAGCGUCGUAAGGAGAAGUCUCGUGACGCCGCUCGCUGCAGACGGAGCAAAGAGACGGAGGUGUUCUACGAGCUGGCGCACCACCUGCCCCUGCCCCACACCGUCUCCUCGCACCUGGACAAAGCGUCCAUCAUGAGACUCGCCAUCAGCUUCCUGCGCACACGCAAACUGCUCGCCUCCGCCUCGUGCGCACACACAGACCCCGGCAGCUCGGAGGACGGGCAGAUGGACGGUCUGUACCUCAAGUCUCUGGAGGGCUUCAUCACCGUGGUAACGUCAGACGGAGACAUGAUCUUCCUGUCCGAGAACAUCAACAAGUUCAUGGGCCUCACGCAGGUGGAGCUCACAGGUCACAGUAUCUUUGACUUCACUCACCCCUGUGACCACGAGGAAAUACGAGAGAAUCUGAGUCUCAAGACGACCGGCAGUGGAUUCUCCAAAAAUGGCAAAGAGCUGACCACAGAGAGAGACUUCUUCAUGAGGAUGAAGUGCACAGUGACCAACAGGGGGCGCACUGUCAACCUCAAAUCAGCCAGCUGGAAGGUGCUGCACUGUACGGGACAGCUGAAGAUGUACAACAGCGCCCCCUCCCGCGCGCUGUGUGCCUUCAAAGAGCCCCCGCUGACCUGCGCCGUGCUCAUGUGCGAGCCCAUCGCCCACCCCUCCCACAUGGACACGCCCCUCGACAGCAAGACCUUCAUGAGCAGACACAGCAUGGACAUGAAGUUCACCUACUGCGACGACAGGGUAACAGAGCUGAUGGGCUACGCACCGGAGGAUCUGAUUGGUCGAUCGGUGUACGACUUUUACCACGCGCUGGACUCCGACAGCGUCACCAGGAGCCACCACAACUUGUGUACCAAGGGCCAGGCGGUGACCGGGCAGUACCGCAUGCUGGCCAGGAGGGGGGGCUACGUCUGGAUGGAGACCCAGGGGACGGUGAUCUACAACAGCCGCAACUCGCAGCCCCAGUGCAUCGUGUGCGUCAACUACGUGCUCAGUGACGUGGAGGAGGCGUCCAUGAUCUUCUCGCUGGAGCAAACCGAGGCCCUGUUCAAACCACACAACAUGAGCAGCUUCUUCUCGUCCGGAGGAGCGGGCGCUGCCGGAGACGUGGGCGACACGCUCUUCACCAAACUCAAAGAAGAACCCGAGGACCUGGCACAGCUGGCGCCCACCCCCGGAGACACCAUCAUCAGCCUGGACUUUGGUUGUUCUUAUUCAGACGAGCCGCAGUCGUCCGAAGGCCCUUCGUCCUGGAGCAGCGAGAACCACAAACCCGUCCCGUCGUCCCAGAGCCCCGCCCCCUCUGCCCCGUCCGCCCCCUCUGCCCCCUCCGGCCCCGCGGACAUGACCCCCUUCACCAUCCAGCAGCACCCGUCUCCAGGCAGCGCCACCCCGAGCCUCAGCAGCUGCUCCACGCCCAGCAGUCCGGAUGAUUACUACAGCUCCGUGGAGAACGAGCUGAAGGUGGAGCUCACGGAGAAGCUGUUUGCUCUGGACACUGAGGGCGCUGAGAGCAAGAGCCAGAGGGACCUGAGUGACCUGGACCUGGAGACCCUGGCGCCCUACAUCCCCAUGGACGGCGAGGACUUCCAGCUGAUGCCCAUCGUGCCCGAGCCGGAGGGGUGCAGCGGCCCGCCCCUGCCCCCUCCCCGCCAGCCCAGCUUCAGCGACAUCGCCGGCCUCUUCCAGCCCCUGACCCCCGCCGCCCCGCCCCAGAGCCGCUACAGGGCCCCGCCGCCCCCCUCCGCCUCCUGGGCCCCGGGGGAGAAGAGAGGCCCCCCCCAGGAGACCGUGGAGUCCCGGGCCAGGGCCUACAUGCUGGGACACGUGCCGCCCUCGCAGUACCAGGCGCCCCCCUGCGCCCCGCUGUCCUCUUUGGGCGGCAGGCAGAAUCUGCAGUGGCCGCCAGACCCGCUGUUAACGUACCAGCGCCGGGCCUCGCCACUGGGGGGCAGUAAAGGCUUCGGGCUGGACGCAGACGAGGAGCGGCCGGCGUAUCUGCAGCACGGACCCCCACACAUGCUCAAAGGGUCCAGUGAGAGUUUUGGACGAGCCUACAGAGACAUGAGUCCAGUCAGAAUGCCCCUGACCCACAGCAGCAAACGCGCCUACACCCAGAUGGACGUGGGCCAGUGUAAAGCGUCAGAGGGAGUGUGGAAGAGGAUGAGGGGGGAGCUGAGUGGAGCUCUGGAUCGUUCCCUGAGCACCAGCGCUCUCUCAGACCCAGAGCUGUGCAGGAGGGCUCCAGACGGACGGCCCCACAGUGGAGACUCCAUACAGCAGCACCGGAAAGUCCCAGUAUCCCGGGAGUACAGCCAGCGCCCUCAAGAGCCACUUCCACUACAGCAUGUCCCCCAGUACCAAGACCCAAGGUUUAGCCACGCGUCUGCUGGGACCCUCCUUUGACUCCGCCUACCUGCCCGAGCUCACCCGCUACGACUGUGAGGUGAACGUGCCCCUCCAGGGGAACCUGCACCUGCU